CUGAGGCAUUGGGGGAGCAGGGUGUGUCUGGUUCCACCGAGGAAGAGGAUGGAGACGAAGACGAGAAGACAGAAGAUAAGUUAAAGUCGCUGUUGGAGGAUAUUCAUUUGGAGGAAGGCUCAGAGGAGGAGGACGAGGAAAUGACGGAGGCCAGGGUUCAGGCGAUUCUUAGUCAGGUGCAACAGGCAGAAAAAGACGUGUGUUCACUUCCAGGUUGGCACAGUGACACAUCCAGCGUCAACGUGGAGCCCCCCACACCCGGCCGCAGUGUGAGCUCAGACCUGCUAGACCGCCAGGAAAAUAGCCAGGAGAACUCCAGUGACUCCAUCACCUCUUCCUCUAGAGGAGAGCUAGCGAGGUCUAGGCACAAUGGCGAUAACACGGAGCUACCACCUCAGGACGGGUCACUUCCUGUAUCGCAGGACUCAGCCAACGGAAGAACUGGACGUGGGAAGGAAGAAGGCACGCUUGUAUCUGAGAGGAAAGUCCAGCAGCGUUUUAGUGAGUCCGGCUCUGACGAGGAGCGGACUGUCACCACCAGGGUGUUUCGGCGCCGGGUCAUUCUCAAGGGAGAACAGGCAAAGAAUAUUCCGGGCGAAUCAGUGACAGAAGAACAGUUUACUGAUGAAGACGGUAACAUCAUCACUAGAAAAGUCAUCAGAAAGGUUAUCCGCCGGGUGUCAACGCCCACGCCUGACGACCAGGGCGGGGACAGGGGGAGUUGGGACCGAGGAGACCCCUGGCCCUGCCCUUUCUUACUGGAGGAGGAGUUAGAGCAAGGAGAUGGAGCUAAAAGCAGGUCGGGAGAGAAGAAGCUUCAAUCGUAGGGGUAGCUGUGCUCCACCAGGUGUGCAGGAAUUCUUCUCAUCUGUUUCCAGGGCAGAAAGUUACAAACUGAAAAACUCAAGAAAUUUCAGCCAGGACUUGAUCCGUCUGAUUUCAAUAUGAGCAUGAAAAUCUCACUCCCUGUCAAUUGAGGGACCUGGAAGGUUCUCACCAUGGAAUCUGAAUUCUAAUUGUAUGGCUCUCACUUCCUGUGGUCUAUGGACCAGGAGAAUUCUGCUUCCUGUUUGUGACUCGUAACGUGCCAUUGGUGUCGUGAGAGCUUUUGAGGAGUAUUGUGGUGACAACAAAAAGGACUCCAUCACAGAAAAACUACAGGUGCAACUGAACAUACACCUGUGACCAAAGAUGGCACAAAAGCUCAAUUCUAGUAGUAGGAGAAAGAAAAUCAACAAAAUUACACAAAAUCUAGAGGAACACUUCUGAUCCACCUCCAACACUCGCCUUAUAGUUUUUUCUUGGACCCAUAAAUGUCAGGUUGUAAAUUGCUGUGGGGUUUGUUUUCCUUUUUAAAACUAAAAAUAAUACACAGCUUUUUCCUGUAUAUAAAUUACAAUGUGUACAAUAGAAAAAUGAUGAGUUACAGGAUGAUAAUGCACAGGAGAGGACUUUACAAGUGCUUUCAACAUUAUUAUCAAAAUGGUUCCACUUUUAAGGAAGAUUUGAGUGUAACUUCACACGUUCUUGUAUAAUUCAUUAUUAUAGCAGGUAUAAUGUUUGUAUAUGAAAAAAGCUGGUUAGAUUUUAACAGAGGACAUUUCCAGAAAAUCUUCUGCAAAUUUAAGUGAUUCCUAAAAAGGGGAUGUAUCUAAUUCUGCAAAAGCAGAGUACUCAUAUUUUCAUGCAUGCCGUUCACAUUAUUUUAAGUACAAUUUUUACAAGUUUGCAAACACUGUAUUAAAAUGAGAAUUAAAACCCUUUAUCUGUGUACACAUAUAGUCCUUACAUUUGUCACCAGUUUUAUAUUUGAAAUGAAAAAAAUACCAUAAAAGCAUUUGUGUCGGGGACUAGGAACAGUAUGAAGAAAAUUUGUUCUAUAGCUUCUUGAGGGUUUAAUGUAGUCUACCGUUUGUCUAUGUAAAACUGAACGGCAGCUUCUGCUGGCAUUAGCAUAAAUGCUAUGAGAAAGAAGUUAUCUGAAUGUAUAUGCUAGUAGACUGGCUCGCCGUAAAACUAUAACUGUAUUGUGUGUAUUGGCUAUAAGGUGUAGAGGUCUCUCUGUACGCUGUAAGACUGUUUGUAAUCAUUUUAGCGGUGUGUCAUUUGGUUUUAUGAAGGCUGCUGUGGUUUUAAAGAAAAGGUGUAAUUUCCUUUUGGGCUUUGGUGAAGUACUUCCUUAAAUUUAAUCUACUCACAUAAAGACAUAAGACAUUAUUUGAUUGUAGCUCUUAAUAGAAUAUGUAUGACAAAAACACUGGAUGGUCAAACGAUUAUUUAAGCAUCAAAUGAAUUGUGUGAUCUUUCUUGGCUUGAGAAUCUGUAUGCGGUGUCUAACUAGCAUUCAUUUGAUAGCUCAUUGGCGAUUACUUUGCAUUAAAUCUUCUCUUUGUAUUGGUUUGACUAGAGGCCCAUGUAGUUAAAGUGUGGUGUUAUUCUGGUGUGAAGGCUCAGACUUAGUGUGAUGAUGUUUAUGCUGUGGACAUGACAACCAAGUAAAGGACUUUAUUUUUAGACAAGUGAAGUCAUUUAGGGUAUUGUAUCAUAUCUCCCAUCCUACAUGUCAAUCAGGGGGUAGAGGCUAAUUUGAUCAAUUUUGUUUGAUAUGUGUUUUCACCUGAGCUAAUUUUUCGAUGUACAAUUCUUACUAACAGAGUGAAGCCAUUGAAAUGUAACUAUUCUAGCACUUUGGUUAUUCAAAGUCUUCUUUUAGAGGCUAUAGCAGUAAUGACGCCACCACAAUGUUUCAAUUUAAAAACAAAAUAAAAAUGCAUUGAUUUUGCAA